CCAAAAGAUACAGAAACCUGAGAAAGUCUAUUCACGUACACACGCGGAGCACUGCAUCGGGGACAGCAGGCAGGCGCUGUUGUUGUUGUGGGCUUGGGGAGGCGUUUUCCAUCCACGCACUUAAGGCUGUUGUCCUUUUCUCCCUUUCAGACAAAGGCACAAUGCCAUCAUUUCCUGCAGAAGCUGAAAUGAACACAAUCUCUUGCUCUCACAUCUCAGCCAGCUGCAUCCCCAAUGGAAUACUGGAGAAGGAGCCUCCUAGCCCAGUGGAGAAGGAGCCUUCUAGCCCGGCUGAGAAGGAGAGGAAGUGGAUCAGGCCUGACCUCCCAAGCAAGUGCACCUGGGAGCUUGGAAAGUCUCCUUCUGAAUCCCCUCAUCGACAUGUCUCGUUAUCAAAGACUCCAAAUAUUAUGCCAGACAUCCUGAAGAAAAUUGGUGAUACUCCCAUGGUGCGGAUCAACAAGAUUGGAAAACUGUUUGGACUUAAAUGUGAACUCUUGGCAAAAUGUGAGUAUUUUAAUGCUGGAGGGAGUGUGAAAGACCGAAUCAGCCUCAGAAUGGUAGAAGAUGCCGAGAGGGAUGGGAUUAUGAAACCUGGAGACACGAUCAUUGAACCAACUUCUGGAAAUACAGGGAUUGGACUGGCCCUGGCAGCUGCAGUGAAAGGCUACCGCUGCAUCAUUGUGAUGCCAGAGAAAAUGAGCAUGGAGAAGGUGGAUAUACUGAGAGCUCUUGGAGCUGAAAUUGUGAGGACUCCAACUACAGCUAGAUUUGACUCCCCAGAAUCUCAUGUUGGGGUGGCAUGGAGGCUGAAAAAUGAAAUCCCCAACUCCCACAUACUGGAUCAGUACCGCAAUGCCAGUAAUCCCCUGACCCAUUAUGACACAACAGCUGAAGAGAUCCUGCAACAGUGUGAUGGCAAUGUAGACAUGGUUGUGGCUGGAGCUGGCACAGGGGGCACCAUCACUGGCAUUGCCAGAAAACUCAAGGAGAAAUGUCCUGAAUGCAAAAUUGUAGGUGUAGAUCCUGAAGGAUCCAUUCUUGCGGAGCCUAACGAACUAAAUAUGACCGACAAGACAACUUACGAAGUGGAAGGGAUUGGGUAUGAUUUCAUCCCUACAGUUCUGGACAGAUCACUGGUGGACAAGUGGUAUAAGAGCAAUGAUGAGGAUACUUUUACCUUUGCACGCCUGCUAAUUCGAGAAGAAGGACUGCUAUGCGGGGGCAGCUCGGGCAGUGCCAUGUCUGUUGCUGUGAAGGCUGCAAAACAGCUGGAAGAGGGCCAGCGCUGUGUUGUCAUCCUUCCUGACUCUGUGAGGAACUACAUGUCCAAGUUCUUGAGUGACAAGUGGAUGACCCAAAAAGGAUUCAUGAAGGAGGAAGAUGACAUUAUUAACAAACCUUGGUGGUGGCACUUGAAAGUUCAGGAAUUAUGUCUUUCUGCCCCGCUAACAGUACUACCAAGUGUCACCUGUGAAAAGACCAUUGAAAUUCUCCGAGAGAAAGGAUUCGACCAGGUACCAGUUGUUGAUGAAUCUGGAGUCAUUUUGGGAAUGGUUACCCUUGGCAACAUGCUUUCUUCAGUUCUUGCGGGUAAAGUGCAGCCGUCAGACCAAGUCAGCAAAGUAAUCUACAAACAGUUCAAAAAGAUUCGCCUGCAAGACAACUUGGGGAAGCUGUCUCAUAUCUUGGAAAUAGAUCACUUUGCUCUGGUGGUCCAUGAACAGAUUCAGUAUCACAGCAAUGGCAAAUCCAGUAAAAGGCAGAUGGUGUUUGGUGUUGUUACAGCAAUCGACCUGCUUAAUUUUGUGACUGCCCGUGAACAGCAGAAAAAGGCAACCUAAGUUCAAGAAGCAUUUUGGUAGCAGCUGAUUCCGUGGCUUUUUGGUUUUUUAAAAGUGUCUCCUUUCUCUGCUCCCUUUUUGUUCUAAAGAAUAAACUGUAAAUAUUACUCUACAACAAUUACUUCCAGAAUGUAAUGAUUACACCCAAAUAUUGGGCGCCUGAGUAUGUGGUGGUCCUCAGGUUUGCUAGUGUUCAGGGAGGGGCGUCAUUGGGUUUCAUUGGGGUAAUAUACAGCUGAGCUGAAGGAGCCAGACCUGAGCAGUGUUCCCUCUAACAGGGAUUCCCAGAUGUUGUCGACUACAAUUCCCAGAAUCCCCACCUGCAAUGGUUUUUGCAUGGGGAUUAUGGGAGUUGUGGUCAUCAACAACUGGGAAUCCCCGUUAGAGGGAACACUGGACCUGAGAUUUGCACAAUGGCUGAUGUGACUGGCCACUGAGGUCUGGGCUGAUGUCCGCAGAGGGUCCUCCCACGCUCUACUAGUCUGGUUGUUAUGGGUGCAAUGCAUCUUGCAACUACUCCUCCCACAUCUAAUUUCACAUAUAGCCAUGGAAGGUACAGAUGCAAUUCGUCUUAUUUUUUUUGCUUUUGAACGGAUGUCAGACUUCCUAGCUAUCUUCUGUGCUACAGGCACACCAAAGUAUACCCAGGUCCAAAUGGCAACCAUCCUUUAUUCAUGGGAGGCCUUCACACAUACCCAGGUGCCACUGAGGACUGUGGCAGAAAAGUACUGUGCAUGUGCAGUUAGCACAGCACCCUGCAAACACAAUUGUGUCUUCUAUAAGAAGCUGGCUGCUGAGUCCAUUCAGGACCAAUGACAGAGACAAAUGUCCACCCAAUUGAUGUGCCUGCUCUAAUGCCUAUCCUGAAGCCCAACAUAAGUUCUCUCCAGACACCAGAACAAUCUACUAUCAAUUAUUUGCCUUCCAUAUUCAGUUUUCAUUCUAUAUUAAUAUUUAAUAUAGAGAAUAUAGGAGAGAAUUCAGCAUACAACAAAAGUAGAAAUGGGAAAAGGUCUUCCUAGUAAAUAAGCCAGUUCAACCAAUUACACCACUGUAAGUGUGGUUUCUUUGUAUCACAUUUUGCAUUCUGAAUAAUUGUCUGCACAUUGUUUAUAAGAGAAUUGGAUCACCAGCAUUGAAGAGCAUUGCAGAUUCUCCAUACUUUGCAUUGUUGAUUGCCAGGCAUAAUGUUAAGGAUCUGGAUUUCUACUUGGCUAAUUUGGUUAAAGUAUUGAAUGCCAAAUUUAUUCCUAUAUUUGCAGGUUUGUGGAGACCAAAUCAAGUUUACUCAGUAUUAAUCCUAGUCUUAAACCAAAUGGGUAAAUGAUUAUUCUUAGCUCAAGCAUCUGCCUGUAUUCUUUAUAUUGUCUAGCUUUGUGUAGACUAAUGUCGAUUGACUUUCUCACUACUUUGCACAGCAAAAAAUGUUACACUGGGGGGAUUUUGAAAGUGUCAAAUCCUUUGGACUUAAUGGGAAAUACUGGAAAAACUCUUUAGGCUCUUUUACUAAAGGUACGCUGUCAACUGAAUGGAUGCAGCUUUUUAUAACUCCCAUGGGAAGUUAUAGAUGGAUGCAUGAUCUACCAUCACGGUUAUGCUCCUCCCUGGGGCUGCUACAGACUCCUAAGCAGCCCUGUUCUGAAUAGCUGCAAUGGGGAAGACUGCAGUAGUGCUACUAGCAUAACUCCUCAUUCAGAGCAGUGUAGGGAUUGCAUAGGAGUCCGCAGCAGCCCUGGACCAGAAUGUUAUGGUGACAGUACUCUGUGCAUCAAGUUGGCCAUUAUAAUUUCUCCAUUCAUAAUAUUAAUAAUAUUUGUGUUCUGUGUUGGAAAACAAUUAUUGCCACAGUUGAACACACUAUUAAGUGUGCUAAAGUUCAUUGAUUUCAUAUAAAACUUUGAUUUUAUGUUUUAAAGAACUCACCACUAGAUGCCAUCUCAAUGUAAUAAAUGCAGUUCAGUCCUGUUUGCAGCAGAGAAACCAUCCUUAGUUCAAGAAGAUUCCGUUCAGUGUUCAGCAUCGAUUAGAAUUAGCAUUUCAGCCUCUCUAGGACUGUAAAAGGGAAAAGGUGGUGUUCUUUGUCAUGUUUUGUUCCAAAUACAGUAUGGAAAGCUAAAUAAAAUUUCUUUUAUUUCUGUGA